UGGGAAGUGUAGUUGUUGUAGUCCAUCAGAGGGCAGCAAACUGCAGGAAGAGGACGAGGCAGGCAGCAGAGACACACACACACACAACUCCUGCAUGAGUUCACCUUCACAUUUAUAACUACCCCCCCUCCCCAAAAAACAGCUAUUUAGCUUGUCCUUUGGGAUUUCCUUACAUCAUGAACGGGUCAGCAAAGUAUACUGCGCCUACAGUGCUGGGUAUACAGUUGAAAAGAGGACCACAAGGUCUGGGGUUUAACAUCGUGGGAGGUCUGGACCAGCAGUAUGUUCUGAAUGACAGUGGGAUCUAUGUGGCCAAAAUCAAACAGAAUGGAGCUGCAGCAUUGGAUGGAAGAUUACAAGAAGGAGACAAGAUAUUGGCGAUAAAUGGCCACAAGCUGGAGAACCUGUCACACAGUGCUGCUGUGGAGCUCUUCAGGUCAGCAGGAGAGGACGUGCAGCUACGCGUACAGCAGAGGCCCACCAUGGCCAUGAAUGGUCCCCCCAGUUCCAGACCUGACGGGGGCUCGUCUGUCUCCUCCUUGGGAAUACUUGUGGCUGUCCUGGGAGCUGCUGCAGCCGUUACUGUCCUCUUCAUGCGCUUCCAACCACAACUGAGGAGGCAUUUUUAAACCCUAUGUAUCUUUCUCCUCCAAUGCAUUUUUAAAGGCAAAACCUAGGACUGAACACUUUGUUGAAGCCCCCCCCCCCAAAAAAAACCUAGGACUGAACACUUUGUUGAAGCCCCCCAAAACCUAGGACUGAACACUUUGUUGAAGCCCCCCCCCAAAGAGAAAAUAUACAGCACCAGUGAAAAGUUUGAACUCAUCUACUCAUUCAAGGGUUUUUUUCUUUAUUUUUACUAUUUUCUACAUUGUAGAAUAAUAGUGAAGAAAUCAAAACUAUGAAAUGUCACAUAUGGAAUCAUGUAGUAACCAAAAAAGUGUUAAACCAAUCAAAAUAUAUUUUAUAUUCUUCAAAGUAGUCACCCUUUGCCUUGUCAGCUUUGCACACUCUUGACAUUCUCUCAACUAGCUUAACCUGGAAUGCUUUUCCAUCAGUCUUGAAGGAGUUCCCACAUAUGCUGAGCACUUGUUGGCUGCUUUUCCUUCACAUCCCAAACCAUCUCAAUUGGGUUGAUUGAGGUCGGGUGAUUGUGGAGACCAGGUCAUCUGAUGCCGCACCAUCACUCUCCUUCUUGGUCAAAUAGCCCUUACGCAGCCUGAAGGUGUGUUGGGUCAUUGUCCUGAUGAAAAGCAAAUGAUAGUCCCACUAAGCGCAAACCAGAUGAGAUGGCGUAUCGCUGCAGAAUGCUGUGGUAGCCAUGCUGGUUAAGUGUGCCUUUGAGUCAAAAAAAAAUAGGGUCAUCAGCAAAGCACCAUCACACCUCCUCCUCCUCCAUGCUUCACGGUGGGAACCACACAUACGGAGAUCAUCCGUUCACCUACUCUGCAUCUCACAAAGACACGGCGGUUGGUCUAAUAUCCAUUGCUUGUGUUUCUUGGCCCAAGCAAGUCUCUUCUUCUUAUUGGUGUCCUUUAGUAGUGGUUUCUUUGCAGCAAUUCGACCAUGAAGGCCUGAUUCACGCAGUCUCCUCUGAACAGUUGAUGUUGAGAUGUGUCUGUUACUUGAACUCUGUGAAGCAUUUAUUUGGGCUGCCAUUUCUGAGGCUGGUAACUCUAAUGAAUUUAUCCUCUGCAGCAGAGGUAACUCUGGGUCUUCCUUUCCUGUGGCGGUCCUCAUGGGAGCCAGUUUCAUCAUAGAGCUCGUUGGUUUUUGCGACUGCAUUUGAAACUUUCAAAGUUCUUGAAGUUUUCCAGAUUGACUGACAUUCAUGUCUUAAAUUAAUGAUGGACUGUUGUUUCUCUUUGCUUAUUUGAGCUGUUCUUGCCAUAAUGUGGACUUGGUCUUUUACCAAAUAGGGCUCUCUUCUGUGUACCCACCCCUACCGUAUUGGUUGAGAGAAUGCCAAGAGGGUGCAAAGCUGUCAUCAAGGCAAAGGGUGACUACUUUGAAGAAUCUCAAAUAUAAAAUGUAUGUUGAUUUAAGUUUAUUAAAAAAAAAAAUAAUCAAGAAAUGUUUGGUAACGACAUGAUUCCAUGUGUGUUAUUUCAUAGUUCUGAUGUCUUCACUAUUAUUCUACAAUGUAGAAAAUAGUCCAAAUAAAGAAAAACCCUGUAAUGAGUAGGUGUGUUCAAGCUUUUGACUGGUACUGUAUAUACAUAUAUUUUUUUGUGAUUACCAAAAUGCUAAACUUUACUUUCUUGCUACAGGUAUAACACCGACUAGAUAAUGAGAACUUUGUAAUUGUACAAAUAAAUUAAAAAGAUGUGCGCAUGGCAUUCCCUCUGCUGGGCAGAGCUGUGCUCCUCAGACAGAAGGACUUGGCUGACCUAAAAAGCUUAUUUAUCCCAAAGAUAUCGUUCUCUGUCAGGAUAGAGAUUUAUUUGUAGAGUUUCUAGGCAGAGGUUGAGCCUGACUCACUCAAGGGGCCUGCCUGCUCACCAGUUUCCUGUUCUUACAGGGUGUUUUUGGAAACUGAAAGGCCAUGUUGUGUUCAGUCACUCAGAGUAGCCUUUGUAACUGAAUGGCUGAUCUGUUUUUUUUUUGGUGAGCCAGUAGGCUGAGAACUCACUGGUACCCUGUGUUUUGAUUUGUCCGUCUGUACAGAUGCAAAUUAGCUUUGUGUUUUGAUUUGUCUGUCUGUACAUAUGCAAAUUAGCUAUGUGUUUUGAUUUGUCCGUCUGUACAGAUGCAAAUUAGCUAUGUGUUUUGAUUUCAUCAUUCUUAUGUUUAUGUUUUGUCCCUCCUGUGGUUAAAAUGUCUCUAAUUGUACCAGAAUCAUUUCAGAUUGAGUAGCUCUAUAUGUGUAAAGAUAACAUUUGAGUUUGAGGUUGAGAGGUGGUUCAGACUAGUCACAUUGAGGCUCGUGAUGGAUGUUGAAUCAGUGAUGUGUUGUUAACAUAGUAGCCUGGUCUCAGAUCUGCUGUCUCCUCCUAUAGCCUGGUCUCAGAUCUGCUGUCUCCUCCUAUAGCCUGGUCUAAGAUCUGCUGUCUCCUCCUAUAGCCUGGUCUCAGAUCUGCUUUCUCCUCCUAUAGCCUGGUCUCAGAUCUGCUGUCUCCUCCUAUAGCCUGGUCUAAGAUCUGUUGUCUCCUCCUAUAGCCUGGUCUCAGAUCUGCUUUCUCCUCCUAUAGCCUGGUCUCAGAUCUGCUGUCUCCUCCUAUAGCCUGGUCUCAGAUCUGCUGUCUCAUUCUAUAGCCUGGUCUCAGAUCUGUUGUCUCCUCCUAUAGCCUGGUCUCAGAUCUGCUGUCUCCUCCUAUAGCCUGGUCUAAGAUCUGCUGUCUCCUCCUAUAGCCUGGUCUCAGAUAUGCUGUCUCCUCCUAUAGCCUGGUCUCAGAUCUGCUGUCUCCUCCUAUAGCCUGGUCUCAGAUCUGCUGUCUCCUCCUAUGGCCUGGUCUCAGAUCUGCUGUCUCAUUCUAUAGCCUGGUCUCAGAUCUGCUGUCUCAUUCUAUAGCCUGGUCUCAGAUCUGCAGUCUCAUUCUAUAGCCUGGUCUCAGAUCUGUUGUCUCAUUCUAUAGCCUGGUCUCAGAUCUGUUUGUGCUCUUGCCUACUCCACUGCUGUCCCUAUCAAGACAAACUGUUUGGCGUGUUGACAAGGAGUUGACAUGAUGGCACAAACUGGCAUCAUCAGGCUACUAUAUAAAUCAGGCGUCUCAUUAGAAUGUACAGUGAUGACGGUUACGCUGUCCAUGUUGUAAAGUAGGAGAGACAUGUUUUUAUAUCUGUCUGGACUAUGUCACUAAUGUGUGUCCCUAAAAGAGAAAUGUUAUUUUAAAUGUUUCCAGGUUCACAUUGAGGCUGGUGUUAUCUGUUAAUCUAAUCCAUGUGGUGUGCAUCACUUACACAUUUAACAGCAGUAAGAGAAUAGUUUUUAUGGAAAAAGGGACAUUUAUCGCUUUAUCUACUUUACUAUUGUUUGCAAAGAAAGAAAACAAAAUGUGACUUUCAAACAAAUAUGACUUUAAAAACAGACCGUUUGAUGCUGUUUUGAAAGCCUUAUGGAGCCAUUAAUUUAAUCCUAAAGGUCCGAUGCUGCCACCUAGUGGAUGUUUAGCAGUCCUGCAGCUCAUCCAAUCACUGUAAUAGAGGGGUGGAUUGUGUAUAAAUCAUUUUAUUAUUUUUUUUUGUCACCCUAUUCCCUAAGUAGUGCACUACUUUUGACCAGAGUCCUAUGUAGAGAAUAGGGUGCCAUUUGGUACUCAAUCAUGGUCGAUGUUUAACAUUUACAUUCCAUGUAUUUUGUAUAAUCUGUAUAUAGGUGUGUGUCGUCACCCUACUGACCUUGUAUGAAGCAAAAAUAAGUACAUUUUAUAUUAUCCUAUGAAUGCCAAUAAAGAGAGCUCAGGACAGUU